UUUCCGUGUUUGAAUUCGAAACACUUCACAACCCGAAGAAGAAAGCCAAAGCUCAGACCUUUCCCGUUUGUCUACCCACACCUAAAAACCUAGAUUUCCAUAUAAAGCAGUUCUUUUUCCAUUUUUCCUUUGUAAAAUUUACGAUUCUCGCUCCGAGAUCCCCGCCGGUCGAAGAAAGAUUCGAUCUUGGUGAGGAUGGCCGGAACUCAGACGAUGGUGAUCGGGCCUAUUCCAUCCGGCUUCUGCCCUCGGAGCAGCAGCUGCGAUUUAGGGUUAUGCAGCGGGCCCACUAGCCGGCGGCCUGCGGCGAGCCCGAGUCGGACGGGGUUGUGCAGUUCCUUUGUCGGAGGCUGGGGCGAUCGGAAGCGGCAGGCGGUGAGGUCGAAAAAGAGGAGGGAGAGGAACAGAUUUAUAGUGGAUGAGAUUGCGGGACAGUAUGAAGAGAGCUUUGAAGAUAUCCAUGGGCAACUUAUUAAUUUCUUCACUUAUAAAGCUGUAAGGACCGUUCUUCAUCAGCUCUAUGAAAUGAAUCCACCGAAGUAUAUUUGGUUCUACAACUUUGUCUCAAACAAUCAAGUAAAAGACGGCGCACGAUUCCUCCGCUCCCUCGGAAAGGAGCAUCAAGAAUUAGCAGAAAGAGUGAUGGUAACUCGCCUGCACCUCUAUGGUAAAUGGAUUAAGAAAUGUGAUCAUGCAAUGAUGUAUCAGCGAAUUUCUGAUGAAAAUCUGAAGUUGAUGCGUGAGAGGCUAAUGGAAACUGUAAUAUGGCCAUCUGAGGACCCAAAUGCAGAGAACCUUGACUCAUAAAUUGCAGAAAUGGGUUAGUUUACUUGUAUUAAGUUGUCUUGUUGGUGGUGUUGUUUCUAUACUUAACGUUAGCUUGAUUAACAGUUCAUGUGGAUAUUUUCAGUUCAAAAGAAUGAAAAAUGCCUUUAUUGUAUACUACUAUAUAGUUGAAGAAGUUAUUAUUACCAAAGGCAAUUGCCCAAUACAGCAUUGUUUAUUAUUACCUAA